AGCAGCGUGAUGUCGCUCUCGCGUCUCGUUGCUCGCUUUUUGUUGUUAAAGUGGAAGUUAUUGUAGUUCAUAUAUUACAGUAAUACUUCAUAACAACUCGAAAGUGUUGUAGCGAGUUAACGGCCGUGGACCUUUCUGGAAGGAGCGGCCCCGAGGUGCCAUGGAGGGUCUGGAGGAGAAGCUCCAGGGCCUGUCCCUCGCCCGGCGGUCCCGCCCGGAGAAGCCCACCUACCUGCUGGACGUGGCCCUGCAGCCGGCCGGCCCGCUGGCCGUGUCCUGCUCCGACUUCGCCGUCCGCCUCCACAGCAGGGACACCCUGGAGCCGCUGGGCGAGUACCGGGGCCACCGCGGGCCGCUCUGUGGGGUCGUGUUCUCCCACGCCUCCCCUGACCUCCUCUACUCGGCCUCCGCCGACGGGACGGUCCGGGGGUGGGACGUCCGGCGCCCCGGGACGGCGGCGGCGGCCCAGGUGUUCAGAGGCGACCCGGCGCACGCCUACAGCGGCUUCGACCUGAGCUGCGGCGACACGCUGCUGUGCGCCGGCACCGAGCAGGUGGACGGGGAGGACAGCUACCUGGUCUUCUGGGACGCCAGGAAACCCGGCGACGGGCCCCUCGGGGCGUACUCCGAGUCCCACAGCGACGACAUCACGCAGGUGCGCUUCCACCCGCGGGACAACGACCGCCUGGCGUCCGGCUCCAUGGACGGCCUGGUGAACGUGUUCGACCUGAGCCGGGGGACGGAGGAGGACGCGCUGCUCGCCACCUGCAACAGCGACUCGUCCGCCUGCUCGGUCUGCUGGGCGGGGGCCGCCUACUCCCAGCUGCUGUGCCUCAGCCCCAACGAGACGCUGCACCUGUGGGACCUGCGCCGGCUGGACACGGACGAGCCCCUCGCCGUGUUCGGCACGGCCGACGCCCGCGGCCUGCCGCUGCUGGCGGAGGGCGGGGCCGUGGACUACCUGGUGGGGGCCCAGUGGCUGGAGGAGGCCCAGAAGCUGCUGGUGGUCGGGGGGGAGAACGGCGGCGACCUCCACCUGAUGGAGUGCGACGGCGGGGGGCUUCGUCUGCUGAAGACCCUGGGGGGCGGCCACGCCUCCAUGGUGCGCUGCUUCCUGUGGGACGCGGCGAAGGAGGCCCUGGUCACGGGGGGGGAGGACGCUCAGCUGCUGCUGUGGAAAACAGGGGGGGGCCAGCUCCCGACGGGGAAACGGGAGUCCAGGAAGAGCGAGACCGUUUUGAGGCUCAAAUCCAGACCGCAUAAAAAACACAGCUACCAGAGAGAGAAGAAGGAAACUGGAAAGACGGAAUGACACUGACCUCCUGUCUCUGGGAGGACACGUGCGUGGUGCAUUGUGGGAACCGCAAGGUGAUCCCGGAUGCUCCGUGUGCCAUGUUGAAGUGUCCCCGAGCAAGACACCUAAAAUGUAAACCAUGGGUUACAAUGCAAUGUGUCGCUUUGGACAUGCAAUGAAAUAUGGACAUUUGAUCCAGAUGUGUGAUCCGCUGACGUUUACAGUCACACUUUGGUAUUACAUUAAAGAACCGCCUUCAUUUUGUAUCCAAAUGUGUCCGGUCCUUUCACCCCCAUCACUGCAGCGUUUUCUCAUACAUUGAUGAAUAGUUUUAUUAGCUAGUAAUUAAACAAAAAUAUUUUUCUACAGCAGAAAAAUGCAGUAAAAAAUAUUUAAAAAAUAAGGCAAAUAGAAGUUAUAAAUAUGUUUUAUUAGCAACUCUAGUUGUAGUUUUUUUGUGUUAUGUUGCUGGCUCUGUCGCACUCUGAGAUCUGUUGAUGAAGAGUGCGUUAUAAAUAAAAUGUAUUAUCAUUAUUAGGAAAUCUUCCAAGAAAAACUAAAUAUUUCUGCUUGAAAUAGUCAAGGUUUGUUCCUGAUAAAACAUGUACGAGUUUUAAAGACUUUAAAGAGAAUAGUGAAAGUCAAAAAUACUUUUAAAAAAUGUAUGCCAUGUGUCAAUUAUAUCUUGGAAAGGAAUAUCUUAGUUUAUUAUGACAUAUACCGUAUAUAUAUAUACACUCAGAUGUGGAGUAUUUUUUUUAAU